AUGGAAGAGGACCGGAGCGGGAAUCAGAGUAUAACGCGUCCGGUGAUUUUGCGGCGCUCGAUUGGCUGCGAUAGAGCAUCGCCUUGUGCGAACUGCUCUAGUGCUAGGCUUGAAUGCACACAUUCUCCUCAUAAGCCUAGAACUGGCGAGGGCCGCCAGAGAGUGCUCAUAUCAGCGAAUUAUGAAAAAAAGAUUGAUGAGAUUGCCCAGAAUGUCGAUGGCAUAAGGCAGCUACUUCAAGGCCUUGGCAUACGUGCAGUUCCGGGAGCUCCGUCGACCCCCAGAAUUCUCCAAGGAGUUCUUCACCCUGGCCCCCCCGGCCAGGAUUCGAAGGAAUCACAACCGUGUGAUAAUGACGAGGGGGGGUCUCUUUUCCAUGCGCAAUCCAAGCUCACGGGUCGAUUUGUAAGUAAACUGAUUGGUUUCGGGCCCUUCUCACAACCUAAUGCAAACCGUAACGCGAUUAUGGAAUCGUUACAAGAAAUACUCGCUUCAGGUGAUGGGAAUAAUCUCAAGGGUAGCGAAACUACCGACAUCACCGUGCCAGGUUUUCCUGACAGCUUGGAGCUACCCCCUCAGGAAGAAGCCGUGAUUGUUUUACGCUGGGCAAGAGAAAAUACUCCGUGCUACAUACUAUUCUGGCUUGGUCAGGUUCUUGACAUUGAGCAAUUUGCGGAUUCCUGCCAACGGGUCUAUUUUCCUAUUACCAAAUUUAGCCAGCUUGACUUUAUCAUCGCGAAUAGCUUCUUGGCCUGGGUAUUCUGCGAGUAUGGUCUUGUCUCAGGACAGCAUAAGUACUUCGCCUUUGGCAGCCAAUGCCAAUCGAACGCGUUGAAUAGUAUCUCUCAUCUCCCAUUGGUUCUACCACCCUCAUCAAAGACGAUCGCGAGUCUAGUUCUCGGCGCUCAGCAUGCCAUUGAUACCAAUCAGCCAACACUUGCGUGGACUCUGAACUCGACGGCCGCAAACAUGUGCCAGACACUUGGAUAUCAUCGGAGAUCCCGCAUGGAAAAUUAUGGAGAGAAAGCCAAGACAGAAAAGGAGAGGCUCUUCUGGUCAGUGUACAGGCUUGACAAAGCCCUGAGCCUGCGACUCGGUAGGACGCCAGUAGUUGUAGAGUACGACGUUGCUCUCCCGUCAGAACCCACCGUCCGUCGAUGGGUUAAAUUUGCCGAUAUCCAAGCUGAAACAUACAGCCAGCUUUAUAGCUGUGCCGCGUCACGGAAACGAGAAACCGAGCGAAUGGAAAUGGCGGGCGCGCUGUCUGUAGAAUUGCAAAUGCUUUUGGAUCAGCAGCAUAAGUCAAAUCCAACAGAAAAUUCUGCUCGUCAGGCACAAAUCGACCCAAGGAAGAGUGUAUACUUGCAAACAGAGUGUAUCCUCUAUCUUUCUGUUCUCACGCUGAUAUGCCGCAUGGCUCCAGUGACCGAAGGGAUCUUCGAAUGCAUUCCAUAUCAUGCAAUCGACGUCGCGCGCAUGGCGCUGGAAACUCAUAGACGGACCCUGGAUGAUCUGCGAUGCCUUACAAGUGUGCCCUCAGCAUUUAGGAGCCACAUAAACUGGACCGUCCAUUAUGUUCCGUUCUUACCAUUCAUCGUUGUAUUUUGUUCCGUUAUACACGACUGCAAUGCAGCGGACCUCGCGCGCCUCGAAGACUUCGUCGCAUGUUUGAGCGCUGGUGAGGGCCACCCACACUCUCGUGCGUGCCAGUUAAUGAAAAUCCUAUCUGAGCUUGCGAGACUGUACUGUGAAGUGAAUUCCUCGGAAUCCACGUUUGACCCGGAAACGGGCAGUGAAGAGUUCGACGAUUUCCUUGAUAUGCUGGGAAUCGACCGCCAUCAGUGGGAGCAUCUUCAAGGUGAACUGGGAGAGGAUGGUUCAGACCCAACGAAUCUAUCAAUAUGA